UGUUUUGCAUUGCUUUGAGGUUAAUCGUGUUAUGUUUUGAUUAGCACAAAAUUGAUCUUUUUUCAUGGAAUUAGUGAGGAAAAAGUCCAUCAAUUGCAACCAGGGUGCAAUUAGAGCCGUCCGCUACAAUGCUGAUGGCGCUUAUGCUCUAACUUGCGGCUCCGACAAGAAGAUAAAACUUCUGAAUCCACUCACGGAGACACUCCUAAAGACAUAUGGGGGCCAUGGGGAUGAAGUAUUGGAUGUGGUGGGCAGUUGCGAUAGUGCAAAAAUCUUGUCAGGGAGUCUCGAUAAGAGUCUGAUCUAUUGGGAUGUGACAACUGGGCAGGUAAUUAGAAGACUGAGACAUCAUGCGGGUGCAGUGAACUCUGUGAAGCUCAAUGAAGAGUCCACGGUAGCGGUUUCGGGCUCUAGGGAUAACACAGUGAUGUGCUGGGACAUGAGAGUGCCCAAAAUGGAACCGGUUCAGGUGAUGAAUGAGGCCAAAGAUUCGGUUAUUGAGGUGAUUGUUGCCAAUCACCGCAUCAUCGCUGCCAGUCUCGAUGGGUCUGUGCGCCAGUAUGACAUCCGGGCGGGAGAAGUGAUCACAGACAGCCUGGAUUGUGCUAUUGUGAGCAUAGCCAGAACCAGGGAUGGCCAAUGUCUCCUGCUCUCCUGUCACGAUGGCAUCAUGCGCCUCAUGGACAAUGACUCCGGGGACAUCCUGGCCAACUACCGCGGCCACACCAUGAUGAACUACAAAGUGGAAUGCGGAAUCUGUUCGGAUUCCCACGUAGUCUCAGGAUCGGCUGAGGGUGUUGCAGUGAUCUGGGAAUUGGUCCAGGGCAAGGAAAUCCGUCGUAUUCCCAUCGGCAACAAAGUCGUGCACUCCAUUGCUGUCCAUCCCACCGGAACUGACGUCAUCUUCGCCUGUGGUCAGAGAUUCACGUCUGGGGCUACCCCUAUUGAAAGGCAAGUACUCCCAAACUUUUUUCUCUAAUAUCAAAAUGUUCCUGAAUUUAGAGCAAAACCACACAAAAAAAAGACACUCGAGAGACUUUAGGAAGAGAUCUAUGCAAUAUUUUGUGCAAAUCAUGACGGGGGUUUUUCUUUUCAACAAAAAAAAAAUCAAAAACCAAAAUUAGAAAAAAGAAGAAAUAAUUUUCGGUGAAUAAAACCCCAAGCAUGUCAUUUAGAUUAGAAAAGAUGGAUUGAAUUGUGUGAAAAAAGCACAAUUUGGAUAAAGAGAAAAACUUUUCCUAAGAAUAAUCGAAUACAUAAAGUUCCUAAUAAAGUAGUGAUAAUUUUGCGAGGUAUUGUUAAACACUUAGAUUUCGAAUAUACAAUUUUACUCUCUUUUUAAUUAGAAUUUUUUUAUGGUAAAAAAGAAAGAAAGAAAAAACUUUGUAAGCUCUAA